CAGGUGUUGUGAAAUUUGUGGUCUAAAUGCAAAAAACAUCAUUGAUGAGGAAGACAUCAGCUCCGUGGAGUCAUGGCAUGAGAGGAUAAUGCUGGGCAACAGCACCAACAGAAACUCAUCAGAGAGGGGCAGUUGUUGGAGUCAACCAUUCUGUCAUUUCUUUAUCUUCUUCCUGCUAAUAGUGGCCUACAUACUUCCAUGGUUGUUCAUAUCAUGAAUGGUUUGUAGUCUUUCGAUAUUAUUGGAAAUUUGAAGAUUUUUCAGGCAUGGCCGUUUGCCUAGAGAAGGGAAAACAGAAAGUUGAGACAAUGUGAGUACUUGGUAUAUUUGUUAUGAAUUAGUUAUCACAAAACAAUAAUAUGCUUUGAAUUUUUGUAAGAAACACUGGAGAUUUCUUUAGAGAAGUGAAAUAGAAAAGAAAGAUAUCAUCAUUUCUUAUAUAUGUUGAAAGAUAUUCAAAAGCUAAUACGGACAUAUAUAUAUUAA